GGUAUGGAGGAGCUGUGUGGCCGCAGGCGGAGCUGGGCGGCCCGGACAGCGGCGCGGACAGCGGUCUCAUUUUGACGGGGCAGCCCGAGCCCGAGCAGCCGGCGGCGGCGGGGAGGACUAGCCCCCUGGCAGUUUGGUGCUCUGGUUGUCAUAUGUUGGACGGCAAUAGACAGAACAUAACAUCCGUUCUGGGGCGCCGUGAUUAAUAUUGAACUUUGGUUCCUGUAACCCUUGCCUGUGUCAACAGAGUUAAGCUGGAGCUUUGCUUUGAAGGAUAAAUAAAGCACAGCCUCUCAACCGGACAUAAAUGGAUCUAAAGACAGCAGUAUUUAACGCAGCUCGAGAUGGCAAACUCCGACUUCUCACCAAAUUGUUGGCAAGCAAAUCUAAAGAGGAGGUUUCCUCCUUGAUCUCUGAAAAAACAAAUGGGGCCACUCCACUCUUGAUGGCCGCCAGGUAUGGGCACCUUGACAUGGUGGAAUUUCUCCUAGAGCAGUGCAGUGCCUCCAUAGAAGUCGGGGGCUCGGUCAAUUUUGAUGGCGAAACCAUUGAGGGGGCUCCCCCUUUGUGGGCCGCUUCUGCAGCAGGACAUCUGAAGGUGGUUCAGUCUUUGUUAAAUCAUGGAGCGUCUGUCAACAACACGACUUUAACCAAUUCAACUCCUCUUCGAGCUGCCUGUUUCGAUGGCCAUUUGGAAAUAGUCAAGUACCUGGUAGAACACAAAGCUGAUUUGGAAGUGUCAAACCGACAUGGGCAUACAUGCUUGAUGAUCUCAUGUUACAAAGGACACAAAGAGAUUGCUCAGUAUUUACUUGAAAAGGGGGCAGAUGUUAAUAGAAAAAGUGUUAAAGGUAAUACUGCAUUGCAUGAUUGCGCAGAAUCUGGAAGUUUGGACAUCAUGAAGAUGCUUCUUAUGUAUUGUGCCAAGAUGGAAAAGGAUGGUUAUGGAAUGACUCCCCUUCUCUCAGCAAGUGUGACUGGUCACACAAAUAUUGUGGAUUUCCUGACUCACCAUGCACAGACCAGCAAGACAGAAAGGAUCAAUGCUCUAGAGCUUCUGGGAGCUACAUUUGUAGACAAAAAAAGAGAUCUCCUUGGGGCUUUGAAAUACUGGAAAAAGGCAAUGAACAUGAGGUACAGUGAUAGGACUAAUAUAAUUAGCAAACCAGUACCGCAGACACUAAUAAUGGCUUAUGAUUAUGCCAAGGAGGUAAACAGUGCAGAAGAGCUAGAAGGUCUUAUUGCUGAUCCUGAUGAGAUGAGAAUGCAGGCACUAUUAAUUAGAGAACGUAUUCUCGGUCCUUCUCAUCCUGACACCUCUUACUAUAUUAGAUAUAGAGGCGCUGUCUAUGCAGACUCUGGAAAUUUCAAACGAUGCAUCAACCUAUGGAAGUAUGCUUUGGAUAUGCAGCAGAACAAUUUGGACCCUCUAAGCCCGAUGACCGCCAGCAGCUUAUUAUCUUUUGCAGAACUGUUCUCUUUUAUGCUACAGGAUAGGGCUAAAGGUCUGCUGGGCACCACUGUUACAUUUGAUGAUCUUAUGGGAAUACUGUGCAAAAGUGUCCUUGAAAUAGAGCGAGCGAUCAAACAAACUCAGUGUCCAGCAGACCCAUUACAGUUAAAUAAGGCUCUUUCCAUUAUUUUGCACUUGAUUUGCUUAUUAGAAAAAGUUCCUUGUACUCUAGAACAGGAUCAUUUCAAAAAGCAAACUAUAUACAGGUUUCUUAAGCUGCAUCCAAGGGGAAAGAAUAACUUCAGCCCUCUUCAUCUGGCUGUGGACAAGAAUACUACCUGUGUAGGGCGGUACCCUGUUUGUAAAUUUCCAUCUCUGCAAGUUACUGCGAUACUGAUAGAAUGUGGUGCUGAUGUGAACGUCAGAGACUCGGAUGACAACAGUCCCCUCCAUAUCGCUGCUCUGAACAACCAUCCAGACAUCAUGAAUCUCCUUAUUAAAUCAGGUGCACAUUUUGAUGCCACAAACUUGCACAAACAAACUGCUAGUGACUUGCUGGACGAGAAGGAAAUAGCUAAAAAUUUGAUCCAGCCUAUAAAUCAUACCACAUUGCAGUGUCUUGCUGCUCGUGUCAUAGUGAAUCAUAGAAUAUACUAUAAAGGGCAUAUCCCAGAAAAGCUAGAGACCUUCGUUUCACUUCAUAGAUGAUAAUUUGACUGUUGAAGCACGAAUUGGUAACAGUUGUUUCAUAAAUGAGCACUGUUGUGGUAACACCAGCAUUCAUUUAGCUUGAUUUCAUCGUGCUCUCAUUGGCUAAAGCAUUGUAAGCAUCAAAUUUACAGGAUUGGUUUCCCAGUAUUUAAUAUAAAUAUACCAUAUAAUAUAUUGUUUGUGAAUUAUUGAGAAAUGUAAUCUCAUAUUCAGAUUUCUAAAAUUGUCUGCCAAAGGCUUAUCCAUUCUGGUUUUGUUUGCUGUUGGGUGUUUGGGACAGAGUUAACCAUUUUUCAGUGGUGUCUUUAUACUUUUCUGGUUUGUGAAUUUUAUACAAUUGAAGGUCUUUUUUGUGCUUCUUCCUUCUCUUCUCCGAGCUUCUCCCGUUUCCACCUCUUUUUUAACUUAACCAUUUCUACUUAUCAAUUUCUUUCCCCUUAUGGAUCCAUGUUAGGUUGUACAAACUUUAUGGACUUGUUACCAUGUGCAGUUACCAUAAGUGCUUUAUCUUCUCUAUGCACUGGCUUCAACUUGACUGUUGUAUGUUAGCAUAUUUUCUAUGCAGCAGUUGGUCAACUUCAACUCUGAAACACUGUUAAGUAUGUUACAAAGUUCAUUUUAUGAAAGUACUCUUGUAGCAUGACAAUUUUUAGAGCUACAGGUUAGCUACCAGAGCUCAAGCUUUUUUGUUGUUUUUUUCUUUACAUCUGAGGUUUCUUUCUCUAAUCCACUGAAAUUAUUGUGUGCUAAAUUUGGGAAACAAAGCUAUUCUAACUCAUUAACCCAGCUGAAAUUUAGGUCUGUCGUCUUAAUAUAUCAUGCAGUAAAAGGAAGAAUCUUUAUAAAGUGACCCACCUUUCAUGCUGCGCCAGCAUUGUCCUGCUUGUGCUGAUGAUGUGAUUAGGUGUAGAGAAUUUGCUUAAAUUUAACCUCAAAGUUUAUCACACAGCUUAAUGAGUCACACUGAAAUAUUCAGUAAUUGAACUGCAAAUCACUUUUAUUUACAAAAAAGAGCUGAAGCAUGUCAGUGGCAUGAUGCUUGCCAAGCCAGAUCUAGGCAUCUAGGAUAAUUAAGGUAUUUUUAGUAUGCAAUUUACUGCCAUAGUAUCAAAGGUCAGUAACAGUGUUCCUUCUUUCUUCAAGCUUAAGUAUACCUUUGAAGAUAACUUGCAUGAAUUACUUUGGUCUCAAUUAUUUGUCACCCUAAUUAAACACAAAAGGUUGCAGUGCUUCCUCUUCCCUUACUGAAAAUUAGCUUUUCUUUUCUCUUUCUUUUUCUUUCUCUUUCUCUCUUCCUUUCUUUUCUUUCUUGCCUCCCUCCCUCCCUCCCUUCUUUCUUUGUUUUUUUUUUUGGAUAUUUUUUAACAGCUUUGCUAAUGCCACAGAAAGGGCUCUUUUAACUUAAGAAAAAAUAAGUGAAAAGUACUAAAAAAGAUUCAGGUAAUUAUCAUUCAGCACUUUACUGUUAUUCAGAAUAAAAUUUAUGAUGGCAUAUUUGCCCUGCAAAUGUCUUAAUGAAAUUGUUCUGAAUAAAAAGCUCCUUAUUGGUUUGAGAAAAACUCAGUUUACCUGUGAGUUUAAUGAUCACUUGGAUUUUUGUGUUAACAUUUUAUUCUGAGGGUUGAUGUAGGGGUAUUUAAGGAGUCAUCAUUGCAAACAGUCACAUUAGGUUUAUUUCAUCUUUACUCAGUAAAAAACUUGUAAUGAAGAAUAGUAAAUAAACAAAAAAGCAUUAGACUUACUUUCUGGUUAAAUAAUUGAAGUUUAAUUUUUUAAAAGAUAUCCUUACUCAUUUUACUAGGUUGUAUAUUUAAUUUCACCAUUGAAAAAGGUGAUUUGGAUAUAAAUGGUUGCUCUGCAACCUUUUGAUGAAGAGAUUUUAAUAUCUUGUUUACUA